CCCCGAGGUGGACCUCUGGUCUGCUGGAUGCAUCCUCGCCGAGAUGGCCACCAGCCACCCGACGUUCCCAGGGGAUUCUGAGAUAGGCACGGCCUUCAAGAUCAUGCAGUUGCUGGGCUCCCCCACGGAGGCGUCUUGGCCAGGCUUCGAGAAGAUCCUCGCGCACUGGAGCCCGCAGUUCCCGAGGUGGCCGCCAGGCGACCUCGCGCCGAUCCGCGAGCUGCGCCCCGAGCUCGGCGAGGUCGGACUGGACCUGAUCCACGCCCUGCUGGUCAUGAACCCCGCCGCCCGCCUCACCGCCCGCAGGGCCCGGGCCCACGCCUUCCUGGGGCGGGAGGGCGCUCCGGCCACGCCGCCGGUGGCGCGGCGGCUGCUCGCGGGCGCGGGGCGGCCGCAGACGGACUGAGCGGGGCGGCCGCAGACGGACUGAGCGGGCGCAGGUCGGGCGGGUGCUCACG